UUGGCCCGCGAGCAGUGCCCGGCGUGUGCGGCUCAAGUCGCAAAGUCGUCGCCGUCACACAUAUCUGGCCCAACUGGUGGGGGGCGGUGGCAAGUGCAACCGUGCGUGCGCUCCUGUAUCCAUCUGUCUGCCGGGACUCAUCGUCUCCUCCUUCCCCAAUCGCCAUUGUCGGUGGUGCAAGCAAGCGCGCCGAGGCGUGUGGGAGGGACAUGGCGGGGCGCUACGAUGGCGGCAACCCUUUCGAGGAGGAGGAGGACGUGAACCCUUUCUCGGAACAAACGCGAGGCAAAGCUGGCGGGCAGUCCAACUAUGGCGGCGGCGGCGCGUUCUACAUGCCGAAUCCCAGAAACGUUGCCCCCUCCUCGAAUUCGCGGCUUUCGCCCCUUCCCCCGGAACCUGCAGAUUUCAGUGCCACAGUGGAUAUCCCUCUUGAGUCGUCAAAGGACCUGAAGAAAAGAGAAAAGGAGCUGCAAGCGAGGGAAGCAGAGUUGAACAAGAGGGAGAAGGAAUUGAAAAGAAGGGAGGAAGCUGCAGCACGAGCUGGUAUUGUCAUCGAGGAGAAAAACUGGCCUCCUUUUCUGCCACUCAUCCACCAUGACAUUGCCAAUGAGAUACCGACUCAUCUUCAAAGAAUGCAAUACUUCGCAUUUGCGUCAUUUCUUGGUUUGGUUUUCUGUCUCUUCUGGAAUGUCGUAGCAGUUACUUCAGCCUGGAUCAAGGGGGAAGGUGUGAAAAUCUGGUUGCUAGCAAUAAUCUACUUCAUCUCUGGGGUUCCUGGUGCGUAUGUGUUAUGGUAUCGCCCUCUUUAUAAUGCUAUGAGGACUGACAGUGCGUUGAAGUUUGGAUUGUUUUUCUUGCUCUACUUGUUUCACAUCAUUUUCGUCGUAUUUGCUGCCGUGGCUCCUCCUGCUGUCUUUGAGGGCAAGUCUUUGGCAGGAAUUUUACCGGCGAUUGAUCUUAUCAGCGUGAAUGCUCUAGUUGGGAUCUUCUACUUCAUUGGAUUUGGAUUAUUUGCCCUGGAGUCAUUGCUGAGCAUCUGGGUUAUCCAGCAAGUGUACAUGUACUUCCGAGGAAGUGGAAAGGCCGCAGAGAUGAAGCGUGAUGCGACGAGGGGCGCUAUGAGAGCGGCAUUUUGAUUGCCACAUAUCUCAGAUGAUGAUAGGUCUCAAGAUUAAUUCCAUGGAUUAGAUGGCACGAUAAAGAAAAAUAUAUGUAGCAAUGUAAACAUAUAUUUUUCUUUAUCGCCGGUAAGAAAAGUGGACAAGUCCUACAAUGUCACUUCAUCAUAGCAGUAUGAUAACACGGCGAUCAUAACAAAAACUUACAGGUUCAUCGGAAA